CAUUCAUUCGCAUUCAUUAUUUUUUUAUUUAUUUUCAUUGUGUAUCGUGGAAUUCGUGAUGAUAAAAUAGAAAAAAUCAUAAUAAAUCGUAAAUGGUGUGUGUUUUAGACCUGCAUCUUGUCUAUAAGCUGCAAUAAAUGUGAUAUAAAGAAGCGUCUUCUAAGAAAAACAUAAGUUACAAUGGAAGGUCAGGAUCAGAUGGAGCUGAAGUUUAGUGGCAGCAGUGAAGUUGGGGGGCUGGAGCUGUGUAUUGUGUGCGGAGACAGGGCCUCCGGAAGACACUAUGGAGCCAUCAGCUGUGAAGGCUGCAAAGGUUUCUUCAAGCGCUCAAUACGCAAGAAGCUAGGCUACCAGUGCCGCGGCAGCAUGAACUGCGAAGUCACCAAGCACCACCGCAACCGCUGCCAGUACUGUCGCCUGCAGAAAUGCCUCGCUUGCGGCAUGAGGAGCGACUCGGUCCAGCACGAGCGCAAGCCGAUCGUGGACAAGUCCAAGGGGGAGCAGAGGGAAGGCAUCCACGACAGACAGGCUGCUUACUCCAAGUUCCUCGGACUAGCUGGGCAGGCACAGGCAGGACAGAUAAACCCUAAGGAGGAGCCUAGCGAUGCGUUCGGCGCGGUGUCCCCGGCGCCCGCCAUCAACUUCGCGCUCGCCGCCGCCGUAGCGUUCAACAAGAGUAAUCCAGUAUCUCCGUACCUGACUCCGGGCAACGCUGGUGACAUCGAGGGAGCUCGCAGACAGCAGUUCAUGCUGCAAACACAGCUUGCUAAGAACCUCUUCAAGAUGGGACAGUUCGGUGCAAUAAACGAGUACCUGCAGUCUGCUUACGGCGCGACUCCGCCCGAGGUGCCCCUCGGAGCCCUACACGCCGCCGGAGAUGCGCAGCCUAAUGAUGUGGAGGCGGGCAUCCUAAGCACCCCGGAGUCGGUGCAGCUGUGCGUGUCGCUGCCGGGCCCCGCGCCGGGACACCUGCGGCUGCACGCCGUCUGCGAGGCCGGCGCCAGACUACUGGCCGCCGCCGCGCGGUGGCUGCGGGCUGUACCCGCCGCGCAUGCACUGCCGUUCGAAAUCCAAGUGACCCUGUUGAAGAAGUGUUGGCCGGAGCUGUUCGUGCUGUGCCUGUCCAUGUUCUCGGUGCAGCUGUCCCUGGGCACACUCCUGCCGCAGCUGGUUGCCCAUCUACAGACCGUGCUGCGGGACAGGACCUCCAACGAUAGCAUUGAUCGCUCACAUGACAUGGCUGCGCCUGAGAUAUCAGCAAGCGACUACUCGGACGAGCGCAUCGCGGAGGUGACGAGCAGCCUGUCGCGGCUGCAGCAGUUCAUCUCGCACAUGGAGCAACUGCGCCUGCAGCAGAGGGAACACGCGCAUCUCCGCGCACUCUGUCUGUUCUCGCCAGACGGUGUACCAGACUUUUUGACCCGUAAGCUGCAAGACUACCAGAUCAAAGUACUCCGUUCCCUCCGAGCUACCUGCCAGGAUGAGGACCGGUUAGCCACCCUGCUCCUUCAGCUUCCAGUCCUGAGGACCUUCUCCGGACCGUUCCUGGAAGAUGUAUUCUUCGUUGGCUUCGUAGGUGACGUCAGUAUUGAUGAUGUCAUACCCUACCUACUGAAUACUGAACGCUAAAGGUACCAUUUAUGAAGAAGGUUGAGGUAUUUUUUAAAGAUUUUUUCUUAUGAAUCUUUGUAUUGUUCAGUCAUUUUAGACGUAUUGAGGCGAUAGUUGGUCUUUGUAACUGUUUGUCCUAUAUAACUCUUUUGAUGUUGAAAGAUUUUUUACAUCUUCAUAAAAGUGUAUGUUUAUGUAGAAAAAUCCUUAAAUUAACGGUCUAAUGAGUUUUUGAAGUAAUCUUGUGUGUAUGGCCUAGUGACUUACGACUUAAGUUGACUAAAACGCCCACUAGUGGCAGAAAAAUACACUAUUUUAAUAUUAUUAUAUCGCCGUCGUUUAUUGAGUUUUUGAAAAAGUGCUUCUAAUAUUUAUUUUUUUUCAACUGACUUCAAAAAACUGAAGAGUUGUUUCAAUUUGACCUACAUGUAUGUAUGCACUUUAGUGUGGAUGUAAAUUUCAGAAAAGUGUUUAUUACACUUAAGAACAGAUUUUACUAUAUUAACAGCCUUUAUUUUAUAAGGAGGUUGAUGUCGGUUUUUUUAAACGAAGUUUUAUGAAAACUACUUCACCUGAUGACUGAUGAAAUGUGGUCAUCAUCCCUUGGUAACUGGCGAGAACUAGACGUUAUUUGUAAUAUGUGUAUUUUACACCUCUGCUUACCUAUUCGAGGAGUAAAAGGCAUGAUGAUAUGAUAACAAUAUAAUUUUAUAAUACAAGUAGUUUUUUUGUGAAAUUGGACUGAGACUAUCUAACUUCUA